GCAGCCGAGUCUGAAGAAGACAGGACAUGAAGCCCUAGGCUGCUACGAUCUUGAGAGCAAACGUCAUAUAAUCCAAGCCAACACCGUGCCCCUAUCGGUAAAAUACCAUCCAUCCCCAAAACAAUGUCCCCCACCACCUCCGCCGCCGCCGCCCCUGAUCUCCUCCCCCCACCCACCCUCGCCGUCCCAGCCCACCUCCUCCCGUACGACGUGCCCAUCCCGCAGUACCUCGCCACGCAGCCGGGCGUGGACGAGCUCCUCACCGCCGCCGUCGUCUUCGACCCGCACACCGACAAGAUACUGCUCGUGCAGCGCGCCGCGUCCGACGGCGUGCCGCACCGCUGGGAGACGCCCGGCGGCUCCGUCGAGCCGGCCGCCGACGCCACCGUGCUGGCCGCCGCGGCGCGCGAGCUGCGCGAGGAGUCCGGGCUCGCGGCCGACGCGGUGGUGGCGCUGGUGCACGCGCACGAGUUCGACCACGGGGGCCGCACGUUCCAGAAGCUGACGUUCGAGUUCGAGGUGACGGGCUUGUCGUCGUCGUCGUCGUCGGCGGCGGCGCCGGUGGUGGUGACGCUGGACCCGGCGGAGCAUCAGGAUUACGUGUGGGCGUCGGAGGAGGAGUGUAGGGCCCGGCGGGCGGAUGGGCGGACGCUGGUAUUUACGUUUCCGAGCCAGGAGGCCGCGCUUGAAGCGGCCUUUGCUCGGCGCAAAGCGCGGGGGUGACCACUGGAAGAGAAAGAAGUUUGGAGAACCGUGAUAUCCAUUUUAGUUCUUUUUAUUUUAUUUUCCUUCUACAUUUUAUUCUGCCCAAGGAAAUAAAACAUCGCUUUGUCGCUGCUUGUCUCUCGACUUUAUCCAAAAAUCACCUGCUCGUAUCAACAACAUAUCGCCCCACAAUCUUGCCCUCCUUCAUCAUCUCGUACACGCUCUGC